AUGGAAGAUAUCUGCUUUGAAAUAUCUUCUAGCGUUUCAAAGGCGCUACCAGCCUUUGUUAAACAGCAGUACGACCAAGAUUGCAGUAUAUUUCUAGAUUUCAUAGAAAAACGCUGGAAAAAUUCAGAAUUAUCGUCAAUGCUUACCUGCAUAGAUAAGUAUCUACAGUAUACCUGCGGCGAAAACAGCCAACCAACGCUAGAAUUAUUGAAAGUUUUGGUACCAAUCGGCAGAAAAUUAUGGCUGAUCUCAAUGUAUAAUAUAAUAAAAACAAAUAAUUUAGAUGUGUAUUAUAAUGAGUCUGAACUCGAACAAGUAUACGUAUUUCAGAACAAACUUUCAUUGAAGCUCAGAGUACGCUGUUGUAAAUUAUUAAACUCUAUUUUGGAAUGCUGCGUACAUCUAUUACAUUCGAUUUGGGAAAAAGGAUGUAAAGAAAGAGCUGAAUAUUUUAACGAGAUACUAGAUUUCAUAAGAAUUGAAGUGAUUCUUAAAGCUAUUGAGAGUUAUUUUAGCCCAGACUAUUCAUAUAGAAUGGCUGUUAGUUACACAAAAAGGAGAGGAUGGAUAACGUCACUAGUCAGACUAUCAUACCUUAUAAGAAGAAUAUGGAUUUUUCGAAGAGAUAUCGGAAACUUUCUAAUCAAAUAUAUUUUAAGAUAUAAUAACCAGGAUUUUUCAGAUUUGGACUCCAGUACAAGUCAUACCAAUGAGCCAUUUUCUUGUGACAUAUCACUUGACCCAAAAUUUUGUGAUGAGCCGAUGAGUGAAGAGUUGGCAAAAGAGUUGAGAGAUAUUGAAAUAGAUGUGGGAAAUUGCGUCAUAUUCUACAAGUUCCGCAUCAUACUGUUGUUGUGCCCAAACAGCACACUGUAUGAUUUGCUUGUUAAAGGACUAUUGUUUAAGUGGUGGGACCUAGUGAAUGGAGAUAUUGUAUCCUCAUGGCACCCAAUGUUCUUUACAUUUUUCUUUAGAGCAGCUAAGUUCGGCUGGGCCACAAGUCAGUGUGUAUGUCCACACUUCAAGGGUAAAAUACCGACAAUAUUUAACAUAACACUUAAUUUGUUUGAUUUACCAAAUAAGCCAAAACUUGAAAAGUAUAAGGAAAUUAUGCCUGGAGAGUACACAUGUUUGUUGCCGAAAACAUUUAAACUGUUUAAAAAAACCUCUAAACUGCUGAUUCUAAUACUGCACGAAAAUGAUUUGUGUACACGUAGAUUUAGUUCAUCACUAUCACUUAACCACGAGUCUAGCUCAAUGCAGUCAAAUGGAGUAGAAUUAUCUGAAGUUAAGGAAGAAGCUGGAGAGUUUGAUGAGUCAUUUGUGGAUGAUGACCCAGAUGAUAUAUUCAGAAGUUUGAAGCGUUUGAUUAAUAUUCUCUACCCAUACGCACACCCAUCAAGUAGUGGGAAAUGGUCACAUAACAUAUCGCUGUUCCUAAAGUACAUUAUAGUAUCACACUCGAGAAAACUACUAAGAAAUAAGUAUAUAAAUAGAAAAUCAAUGGAUAGUGAGUCUGGCGAAUCUGGGCGUGAUAAUAUUUGUGAUCUUCUCUACACAAUUAGUCUUAUUGGAAUAUACAAUAAGAACAUGAAGAUAUGUAAUAAUUAUGAGAUAAUCAUAAGGAACAUCUGCUACAUUAAUAAGGAGGAUUACCUGAUUAAGGUGGUUGAGUAUUUUAGUGAAAGCCUGACGGAGUGUGCAGAACAUAACAGACUGCUCACGUCAAUAAGAGUGAUUAUCCAGCUCAUACCGCUAAUUGUAAAGCACAUGCCUCAUAUGAUAAUGAACCUGUUUUACACAGCAAUAUCGUACAUUGCAUUGUCGGAGCCCUUUAUCAAUAUACAAAUCCUCAUCCUAAUAUCGUUGAUGCUAGAGUAUUUGUUCAGUAUUAAGAAUAACCUUAAAUCCCUGAACAAUGAAGAUAAUAAAUUUAGCUUGUUGACACCAAGGGAUGGGUUGGUACAAGAAAAUUUAUUUGAAGGGUCAAAUGAAGCGUCUGAGGUUUAUGAUGAGCUGAUGUUCCAACUUAACGAGUUUACCAUAGUGUACGUGGAUAAGGUGUUGGAGCUAUAUGAGAAUAUAAAUGAGGUGGACCUGAAGGGAAUGUCGCUGAUGAACAAUGUAGACGUUUCAAUAUAUAUACUGAUAAAGUCGACAAUAAUUAACCUAUUGUCAGUGGUUGAUGACGAGACGAUGUCAGUUAUCCUCAACAAGUUAAUGAAAUUUAUUGACGAAUAUUCUUACAAAUUGACCAUAAUCAAGCAUGUCACGUCAAUACUAUCAAGUAUUUCAUACUUAAAAGGGAUAGGAGUGACCACGAAGUUGAUUAUAAAUAAUAUAAAAGGAUUAUCUGAAGAUGACAAGAGGCUGAGGUUUCAUUUAAACUGUUUGAUUUCAGCAAUUAGAUAUAACUUUAACAGUAAUUAUUUCAGCGAAAUCAGAGAAGUAAUUAAUAAAGGUCUUCAGUACAAGGAUAAACACGCUUAUAAACUAAUUGUGAAACUCAUUUAUAGACUAAACCAUUCAAUAUAUAAUAUAUACACAACUGCACAAGUACCAACAACUGACAAUAUGAGUGUAGUCACUGUGGAUAAUGGUGAAACGAACAUUGGAUGGUAUGUCCCGUCUAUGUCGCAUUAUAAAAUGUAUAAACAGCUUCUAUUGAUAUUAAUGGACACAAUUAAUUUAAAGUAUAACGCCUUAAACGAGAAGAAACAACCAGAUGAUACCACAGAUGAUGAGAUUAAUAAGAUUAUAAUUCUAUGCAAGUAUUUAAUCAAGUCUAUAGUUCUAGUUGACAUAGAGAUUAGAGAUUCAGGUGAUAGUACUGAAAUGAGUGAAAAUGAUAUGGAAACCGAUUCUGAGCAAUCUUCUGAAGAUGAGUUGGUUUCUAAUUACUCAGAAGUGGUAAAGUGUUUGAAUCAUAGAGUUGGAGAUAAUUUCAGUUUAAGAGGUACAGUAGAGAAGUAUGUAUUGGGAGUGGUGAGUAAAAUCUACAAGAACGUUUAUGGCUCAGUGGUAGCCGAGAAGCUGACAAAAUUUAUUAACUUCCUGGCGUCUAAAAAUUACUUCUCUACGGAUAUUUCAAACAACUAUGACUUUAUAUUCAACCUGAAGCUGCAGAAUAAUGUGUCAAUAACUACGACAAAGCCUGUGGUUAAAUACAUAUCAUUUCACUGCGGACUUACGAAAAAUUCAUACCUCAUGGACAUCAACUUCAGCUCCUACAUGACGAUAGUCCAGGACUACUUUUACAACUUCAUUAACCUGAGGAAGAUCAAUUAUAACACGCUAGCACAAAAUAAAUUUGAAAAGGUUAAUAAUCGACAACUAUCAAAUGCUGUGGGUAAUGGUCAGGUACGAAAUUUUGUAGAUAAUCCUCAAGUAAGAAGUUUGGUGGAUUUAGUGGUUGUAAAAAUCUGUGAAUUGAACUAUAAGAAUGUGGUCAAUAAUAGUAUAAUGAUACUGAAGAGCAUAACGAUGAUCCACAAGAAUAUGAAAUAUUAUGUGCUUUCGGCCAUUUUGAAGGAACUAGUUUCAACACCAGAUGAUAAUUUCACACUAUUCCAUAACAUCUUGCCAUUAUUUGACGCUAACACACUGACGUAUAUUUCACUAAAUUUCACGCUCCUGGAGCUGUUUCUGAAGUUCUUUUUAAAGGUUAUCUCAACAAACAAUGACUCACUAAUCACAAAGUAUGAUGUGCUGUUUAUUUUGUUUCUAAGCCAAAGAGAACUGGACAGCUCAAAUGACAAAAUUGGGGUAGUAGAUUCACCAGAGCACUCUAGUUUUGAAGAUGAGAAUGUGAAUCAAGAAAAUAUAGAUAUCCAAGACACGCCAAGUACAGUUAAAAUUGAUAAGAUGUUGAGUGUUUUGAGGAACGUUAUGAGUGUGGCGGAGGUGGAUAACUGGAGAUAUAACAUAUAUUUCUCUACGCUCUUGCUGAUAUACAGCAAGUAUGUGGUCUACGAAAACAAGUUCUUUUUGCACGUAUUAAGUCUGCUGAAUGACGUCAACAACAACUAUCUCCAGUCACUUGCGUUUCAGUAUAUGCUAAUCACGCUCAUGAGCUUGAAUAGUGGUAGAGUUGCAGACGCGGUUGUUAAGGAAAAAUUACUGGAUCUGAGUGUGAUGAACACGAUAUUCAACGGCCUAGUAUACUGUAACCACGAUGUAACCACCGUUGUAUCAAACAACUUAUCCAGUAUAGUAAUGAAUGUGAUUAAAUUUGACAAGUCAUGGCCUAGGAAUAGAAUUUCAAGUAACUCUACCAUAGUCUCAAAAUACAAUUUCUUCCUCUCAUACCAUUAUUUCAAGUUCCUAAUGAACAACUCUCAAACACCUGAAAAACACGUUGAAGCUCUGGAAUCAAUUUUAUAUAACUUGCUUGAAAUCUCUAGUGAUUAUAUCGAAUAUCAUCUAAGUAAUUUUUAG